AUGAAGAAACUACAUCAAUUGUGGGAUGGCGAGAAGAAUUUGGAGAAGUCAUUCUUGAAGGAAAUAAGGGCACUAACAGAGAUAAGACCAUGGAACAUUGUGAAGCUUUAUGGUUUCUGUUCACACCAUCGACACUCGUUCUUGGUGUACAAGUUUGUUGAAAGAGAUAGCUUGGCUGCAAUUUUGAGCAAAGAUGAGGAAGCUAAAGAAAUGGGGUGGAGAAAAAGGGUGACUAUUGUUAACAGUGUAGCUCAUACCUUGGUAUACAUGCACCACGAUUGUGUGCCACCAAUUGUGCACUGGGACAUAUCAAGCAAGAACAUUUUGUUGGAUUCUGAAUAUGAGGCCUCUGUUUCAUACUUUAGCACUGCUAAGUUUUUGAAUCUGGACUCAACUACUUGGAAUGCCGUUGCAGGCACAUAUGGGUAUGUCACACCAGAACUUGCUUACACCAUGGAAGUGAACGAAAAAUGCGAUGUUUAUAGCUUUGGAGUGGUUGCUAUGGAAACAAUCAUGGGAAGGCAUCCUAGAUAUUUUUUCUCAUCUUUAUCAUCAAUGCCUUCUUCGUCCACAUUGUCAUCGACAUCUACAUUACCACCCCAUCAAAUGUCAAUUGUGGAUAUUUUGGACCAACGCAUUUUGCCUCCAACGCAUCAAGAAGCAAGGGAACUCUCUCUCGUGAAGAUUGCAUUUUCAUGCUUGAAUCCCAGUCCGAAUUCUCACCCUACAAUGAAAAAAGUUUCUCAACUCCUCUCAACUCAAAAGCUGCAUUUGUCAAAGACAUUAUGUAUGAUAACCUGCGAUGAAUUGCUUGCUCUUGAUCCUUUGACUACCUGA